UGACAUUUAUAAUUAUCGUCACUCAACCACGAGCCGACUAUUUUCCCCUCGAGAUCCUAACACACACUAAACUAGACAGGAAACUCCCACACCUGUAAACCAUCCCACCGGAACUCGGCAACGUGAACUUAGGUUCCGGGUGAAUUAUGUCAACCCACUACACAAGCACCUUUAUUUGUAGUACUGCCUGGUCACAGUACAGAAGUACGGCCCGCUGCCUUUAGCAUGAUAGCUACCACAGUGCUAACUUUAUGAUAUUUAUCUGGAUUUUUGUUACAUACUGGUUCUUGUCUGAUCCAUGCGUAAUACUGAUUAGCAGUGAUGGUUGCCGGCAUGCCGCCGAUUUUAAAUCUCAAUGCCUUCAUGCACUCUAUCAAAUGAUAACGCGUAACCACGUUUGCAAAAACGGGACCGAUCGACAUGAAAUGUCGUUUAGGAUAUUGGGUCGCUUGAAGUUCACGUUGUAAACAACACGAGUUGAAAUUGAUAUUCAACCAUUUUACUCGCGAGAAAAACAAAUACUGGUUGUCUUCUCCUCUUUAUGUCAUUGUGUGAAUUAAUGUCUGUUCCUACUUAGACCUGACAGUGGCUGCAGUGUGAAAAUGUCUUCAAGGACCACAGCAAAGUACGUGAAGGAAAAGGACUGUAGUCCUCGACAACUGGAAGAUCUUCGGCUGCAGCCGUAUGUUGUUUUGCGCAGAGCAGACAUCAAUGAAGCUAUUCGUCCUAAGCAGCAGGAGCCAGAUUUUACUCACAUUAAAGAGGAAGAUGUGGGCAAAGAGGUCCAUUACUUCAAUGAAAAAAUGGAGCAGCAGUUUCUUUGCACCACAAAAGAGGAGGAAGAGCCGGAGCGGCCUUGGAAUAAAGAGGAGGGAGAAGACUCCUUUGACAUUAAAAAGGAGGAGGAGGAGGAGGAUACCUGCAAGAUGCCAUGGACUGGUGUUACUGUGAAGAGUUUAGAUGAGGGUCAACAUGAUGUGAGCAAAGGGGCAGGGCCUCCAAGCUGCAGCUCAAGUCAAUGUGAUGAAGACCACUGUGGAGGAUCACAAGCAGCUCCACCAUCAGAUAGUGAUGGCAUGUCAUCACAUGUUCCUGCUGCUGCUGCUGCUGAGGAGUCUAAAAAAAACAUGAUAAUGCACACAAGUAAGAAGAACUUUUCUUGCUCAUAUUGUGGCCAAAUAUUCUCUCAGAGGGCAAAUUUAAAAAAACACACAAGAAUCCACACUGGUGAAAAACCUUUUUCGUGCUCUGUCUGUGGCCAAAAAACCUCUCAGAAGCGAAGUUUAACAAUGCACACAAGAAUCCACACUGGCGAGAAACCGUUUUCAUGCUCAGUUUGUGGCCAAAAAUUCUCUCAGAGGGGAAGUUUAACAAUGCACACAAGAAUCCACACUGGCGAGAAACCUUUUUCAUGCUCCGUUUGUGGCCAGAAAUUCUCUGACAAGAGAAACUUAAAAAUUCAUACAAGAAUCCACACUGGCGAGAAACCUUUUUCAUGCUCGGAUUGUGGCCAAAAAUUCUCUCAGAGGGCAAAUUUAAAAAAGCACACAAGAAUCCACACUGGUGAAAAACCUUUUUCGUGCUCAGUCUGUGGCCAAAAAUUCUCUCAGAAGGGAAGUUUAACAAUGCACACAAGAAUCCACACUGGCGAGAAACCUUUUUCAUGCUCAGUUUGUGGCAAAAAAUUCUCUGAUGGGGGGCAGUUAAAAAAGCACACAAGAAUCCACACUGGAGAGAAACCUUUUUCAUGCUCCGUUUGUGGCAAAAAAUUCUCUCUCAGGGGAAAUUUAAAAAAGCACACAAGAAUCCACACCGGUGAGAAACCUUUUUCAUGCUCAGUUUGUGGCCAAAGAUUUUCAUUAAAGGGAACCUUAAAAGGUCAUACAAGAAUCCACACUAGCGAGAACCCUGUUGCCUGCUCAGUCACUUGCCAAAGAGUCUCUAUUGAGAAGAGCAAUGACCCGGGACGUUUUCACCUUCUAUUUGAGGAGACUUCAUGAGUUUUUGCAUCAAUGAUAAUACAGUGAUCCCUCGCUGCUUCGCUUUUCGUUUAUCGUGGCUUCACUAUAUCUUGUAUUUUUUUUCCAAAUUAAAAAAACAUUUAAAAGUCUAAAUAAAACUUGGAAAUUAAGGGAACACGUCUAACCUUUAGGACAAUGUAGUAUUGCUCCAAAUGUUCGUUUACAUUUCUUUAGGAGUCUUCUUUCGCGUGUUAGCACGAUCACGAGUUAGUAUCUUUCCGCUAUCUUGUUAGCCUGCCCAGUACAUCUUGUUGAUGGCCGUACUUCACGGAUUUCACUUAUCGCGGGUGUUUGUUUUUUUAACCAAUUAUCCGCGAUAAACGAGGGAUUACUGUAUAGUCAACUGGCCUUGGGAUGAUAAUAGUUUUGUAGUUUAUUAUUAUACUUUGUUUAUUUUGCUUUUACUUCUGGAUUUUAGCUGUAAUUAGUUUUGAUUCAUAUUCAGGGCAAUUUGCUUAGUUUCUAUUAAUGUUUAAGGUUUAGUUUUGUUCAGCUUUUAAUGUUUAUGUUCAGGUGUUUGCCCCGCAUGUUGUGAAAAGACACUACAGCCCCCCCCCCCCUCCCCUCCAAGCGAAAUUAGACAACUACAGGGAGGAAUAGAAAGUUGAGCUGCACAAUAUUUAAACUCUCCUCCAAAAGUGAGGCCAAUUCUCUUCAUUUUUCAGAGAAAAUAUAUGAAGCAAUCUGUGUAGAAAAGCUGAAUGAGAAAAUAUGAAAGCAUGUGGAAUGCCUUGUAAUCAUGAAAUAAAAUGAGAGUGGAUCAUACAGAAUGACAUUGAACAAUGUGAAAUCAUGUGAAAUAUUGGAUCAUAUGGAAUUGCAUAGAAUGGUAUUAAACGUUAACGAAUGAUGACACACGUCAUGUGAUACACUUUAAGAAAUGGAAGUCCAUGAGAUGUGAGGAAUUCCCAACAUUUUACGACACAAGUAAGGUGAAGGAAUGGGGUGGAAAUACAUAUAGUCCUGCCUAGCUACAAAAACAGAUAUGCUCAAACCUCAUUGAAUAAAAUACAUAAGCAGACAAGUGUAUUCACAUAUUAAAUCAAUAGAAGAAACAUUUUAAGCAUAUAAUUAUACCUACACACCAAAUCAAUAAAGACAUAACUAGACAUUUAAUGACAAAGGUUUUUAUUACUUUAUGAUCUGAUAUGUAUUUCUGAGCACUUAGCAGGGCUCGAAGCUUAUUUUUUGCCCAAGUUGCCCUCGGGCAAGUUGGAGAAAAUUUUACUUGCCCGAAACAAAAUUUUACUUGCCCGAAUUUUUUUGGAGUGGAUUUUUACUAGCCCGACACAUUUUUGCAAUAAAAAAGACAACACUAUAA